GCGAGUUACUACAAGCGUUGCAGUGUUCAGCAGUCGGGAAUCGGGAUAGCGACGAGAGAUCCGCUUUUGAUAAAUACGCGGGAAUGUAACCUGUAUAUUUCAGCUGAAAGUUUCACCUGGGUGUAUGAAAACUAAGUGCGCGAAAUAUAUCGUAUAAAGACACGUUUAAAAAUUAUCACGUCUCUUUUUACAUAGAAAUUUUUAAAAAGAUGUUCAGUUUAGAAUGAGUGAUAAAAACAGUGACAGAAUGAACUACCCGUUCACAGUGCUGCACUGGAACUACCGUGGCUUCACAGAGUUCCCUCUACAGCAGCUCCGAGGCGAGGAGACAGAUAUCACCGAUAUUUAUUUAAAAGAGAAUCUCAUUUCGCGUCUGCCGACAGAUAUUGGAAGAUUGGAGCGGCUAGAGAGUUUGUAUUUGAGCGGGAACGAUAUAACCGAGUUGCCGUGUGAAAUAGCCAAGUUGCAAUGUCUGAAGUGUUUGGAUGUGAGCGGGAACCGACUUAAGCGUGUGCCCGAGGUGAUAGGCGACGUGCGCGGCCUCAAGUUCCUUAUAUUGGAUGAUAACGAGCUGACGGAACUGCCUCUCCGAUUGAACGAGCUGCGAGGAUUGCGAUAUCUGUCGGUUUGUGACAACAAACUGCGCUGGCUGCCACAAAAGCCGGUGUACAACUACCAUCACUGCGAGUUCAGGUUCUGGAGGAACACCGACCUGAAGACCAUUCCCUACUCCCUGUGGUUCCACAUGCUGAGGGACCAGCAGACCAGGAGCUUGAAUAUAGGAUGUCUGAGCGUGCCCCAGUUCCAACACCUGCUGCUCCACGGGCGGUGCCGGCUGAAGCUCCAGCACAACUCCAGGGUAUGGGAGGUGGACGUGGAAUGCCCUCCCCACCACACCAACAUCGAGGAGAGAGGCCCCACCACCCCCCCUAGCUUACUAGAACUCAGCAUGAGAAAGACCUAUACAAUUAUUAAGGACAUAGCUAACAAAUUAUCGGAAGAAUGCCUUAGUGUGUACUCGGAACGGAGUUAUGAUGAAGAGAAUAAUAAUGACACAAAACAUUGCAAGGAAGAAACGAUUGUAGACAAUAAUGUGGAUAUUACUUAUACGAGUAGAGAGUUGAAUUGUAAUGUAACGCAUAGAAAGGAUAGGCCGAAAGCCAAGUUAAAGUAUUAUGCUCCGGCUGAUGUUUUGGAUGAAUAUUUUGAUUUUGUGCCCGCUGUUCUGAAGGUGGAUUUGAAGACUGGGCCUGUUUCUUGCUGUGAAAAUGUUAAAUGCAGAAAACCCAUGUUCGAUUUUGUUACGUACGAGUUUUGUCUCGGGAAAAUCGUCCUUAUCGACAAUAUAGAAGACGUGAUAUUGAGUGCCGCCUUCUGCUCCCAAUCCUGUGCAAAUGUUUGGAAAGGGGGCAAAACCAACACCAUUAUACCGUGGUCACUGAGUCCACAGUAUAUCUCUUUUUAAAGGCAAGGCAAAGACACAGCGAUUAUUUAUUGACUUAGGUUUGUUAUUUUUAUGUUAGGAUUUUUGUUGAAUGUAACUUUUUGAUUUGAAUAAUUUAUAGGUCUGUACCUAAAUGUAAAUAUUAUACUUAAAAUGAUUUGAUGUUGUUGCUGUAACCAGGAUAGUAUUUACAAACAAAUUAAAAGACGUAAUAAUA